AUGAGCGGAAGAGGCAAAACCGGAGGCAAGGCCAGGGCGAAGGCAAAGACACGUUCAUCCCGUGCCGGGCUCCAGUUCCCCGUGGGCCGUGUGCACAGGCUGCUGCGCAAAGGCAACUACGCCGAGCGUGUGGGCGCUGGCGCACCAGUCUACCUGGCCGCAGUGCUCGAGUACCUGACUGCUGAGAUCCUGGAGUUGGCCGGAAACGCUGCCCGUGACAACAAGAAGACUCGUAUCAUCCCCCGUCACCUGCAGCUGGCAGUCCGUAACGACGAGGAGCUGAACAAACUGCUUGGCGGCGUGACCAUCGCUCAGGGUGGUGUUCUGCCCAACAUCCAGGCAGUGCUGCUCCCCAAGAAGACUGAGAAGGCCGUCAAAGCCAAGUAAAAUCGCUGGUGCGGCUGCAACUUGACUACUCAACCCCCAAAGGCUCUUUUAAGAGCCAACCACCUAGCUCAGCAAAAGCGCAAAGUGUCCUUUCUAUGGCUGGCCAACUAUUUGGCGUGUUUGUUAGAUACAUAUACACGGCACAGUAUCAAGUGCCCACAUGAGGCCUAAAUGAAGAAUAACAACUACUAGGCUAAAAUGAGAGCAUUAUUGCGCGUAAAGUGUAACGUUGCUCGCGGCCCUAACAAAAGA